UAAUGUAAGGACCAAUAGUAUUGGACAACGUCGAGGAGAGUAACAGCUCAUUGGUCCGUACGAGAAGUCGAUUACGUGCUGCGAUACGAGUAUAAAAGGAAGACGAACGCUUGCGCCAUUUUCGAAUUUGUUGCUGGAGUGUGUUAGCGUGUUCUGUUUUAAAAGAGAAGACAAUGUCAGGUAGAGGAAAAGGAGGUAAAGUGAAAGGAAAGAGCAAGACACGAUCCAGUCGCGCUGGAUUGCAGUUUCCUGUGGGACGUAUCCAUCGUCUUCUGAGAAAAGGUAAUUACGCCGAACGAGUCGGUGCCGGUGCUCCCGUCUACUUGGCUGCUGUUUUAGAAUAUUUGGCAGCCGAAGUUUUGGAAUUGGCCGGAAAUGCCGCGAGAGACAACAAAAAGACCAGAAUCAUUCCUCGACAUUUGCAAUUGGCCGUUCGAAACGACGAAGAAUUGAAUAAACUUUUGUCCGGAGUGACCAUCGCCCAAGGUGGUGUCCUGCCUAAUAUUCAGGCUGUUCUUCUUCCCAAGAAAACUGGAACCACACCGACUGGUGGAAAAGGUUUAAAAUUAGCCAGCCAAGAAUUUUAAAAACUGAUAAAAUAUGUAACGUACAUUAUGUGUGUUAGAUGUAAACUCUUAUUUUGAUUUGAUGCCAGUACAAAUCUUCAAUGUUCUUUUAUGGAUUUUAUGUAAAUUUCCACUUUCGGAAUAAAAAAUUUUUGGUUUAGUCUGUUCA